UAUUAACCAGUGGGAAACAACAUGAGGUGGUUAUUGCAGCAAGUCAGUUUGGACGAGGAAGGAUAGUUGUGAUGUCACACAAUACCUUUCUAGCAGGACAUGAUACUGAUACACCUAGACACAAGCAACUGUUAGAGAAUAUCUACAGGUGGGUGAGCCAAGAGGGAACAUCUUCAGAAGUGGUUAAAAUAGAUAAAAAUACUACCACUGAUGACAUCAAACAGGCAGAUGUUCUCAUAUCACAAGGUGGUGAAGUAAAGAACAAUGUUCAAAAUGUAAUGACAGCAGUAGAGGAGCGUGUGUUUGAUGAGGGAGUGGGG